AUGCAAAGCCUUCAACUUGAAGGUAUCGGAGCCCAACCUAUCUCCAACGAACAACAACAAUCAUUAUUAGAGCAACAACAUAUCGGAUUUCCAUCUCCAGCUUACGCUUUUGCUUAUAAUCCAGGUCCUUAUGCACAAGCUGAACAGUUACAACCGUAUAGUAUUGCGAGUGCUACAUCGGAACAAUUCCGUGAACAAACUAAUGAACUUACGCGUGUUACCUGUUAUCAACAGCAAGCUAAUGUCCAUUACAGCGUUCACGUACCAAAUGGACGAGAAUACCUGAUGGUUACCGGUCGACCACAACCGGUUUUUAUGCAACAUCUAUCUCAACAGCAUAUUCCUUCUACUGCUUCCUUGCAACAUCAACAACAUCAGCAACAACAUCAGCAACAACAACAACAACAGCAACAACAACAGCAACAACAACGACAACAACAACAACAACAACAACAACAGCAACAACAGCGACAACAACAACAACAACAACAGCAGCAACAACAGCAUCAUAACAUGGUUACAGAUACUGGAAAUGUUGAUACUGAAAUGGGUACAUCACCACCAAGAGCACCAGCAAAUAUAACUGAGCAACGUGGUGUUAUUCGUAAAGCAGCAUGUUCAAGACCUAAACCAAUGAUAACGACAUGUCCAAUGAAUGGACAAUUGAUCCACAGCAGUAAUCAAACUUCUCAUACUGUUAAUUAUCUUGAUGUCUUCUGUUCUGUGCCAGGUCGGCUAAGUUUGCUCAGCAGUGCGGCGAAGUACAAAGUGACAGUAGGUGAAAUUCAUCGACGACUUUCACCGCCGGAAUGUCUUAAUGCAUCAGUUUUGGGUGGAAUUCUUCGCAGAGCCAAAUCUAAAGAUGGUGGUAAAUCUUUACGUGAUCAAUUGAAACGUGUUGGCUUACAGUUACCAGCCGGAAGACGGAAAGCGACAAAUGUUAAUUCACUUACAGCGCUUGUUGAAUUUGAAGCGAUGCAUUUGGCGAAAGAUUUCAACGCUGUUUGUGAGAAUGAAUUCCCCGCCCGUGCGAUUGCUGAACAUUUGACACGCGCAAAUUGUUCAAUGGAGUCAUUAGAUAUGCAACGACGGAAGAAUAUGCUAUUAGCAACAAAAGCAACAUUAGCCGAAUUGAAAGAAUUAUUAAGCAAUGAUCGAAGUCCAAUAUGUUCCUCAAGGCCACAACCAAUUUUAGAACCAAUUGUGCAAAGUCGACUAACACAUUUCUCAAUGGUUACCCAUGGAUUCGGUUCACCUGCUAUAUUAGCUGCAAUUAAUGCAAUUAUGAAUUGGUUGAAUGAAUCGGUGAAAUUGCUUGAUGCGAAAUGA